CGCAGCAAGAGCGCCUUAAACUCCUUUGUAUCCGGCAGGACUCGUGAUCAUCGGUGGCCUCUUUGACCCGCUUCCUCGAAACCUCGUCACCUCUCUCCACCUACACUCUAGACCAAAAUGGGUAUCUCGCGUGCCACCAAGGAGGCCUGGUUCGUCCGCCUCAACGAGUGCCUCGACAAGUACUCGUCGAUCUUCAUCGUCAACGUCGACAAUGUCGGCUCGAUGCAGAUGCACCAGAUUCGCCAGGCCCUGCGCGGCAAGGGCACGGUGCUGAUGGGCAAGAACACGAUGGUGCGCCGUGCGCUGCGCAUGGUCGUCUCGGAGCGCCCCGAGUUCGAGCGCCUCAUGCCGCACGUCAAGGGCAACAUCGGCUUCGUCUUCACGGCCAGCGACCUCAAGGAGGUGCGCGAGCUCAUCCUCGCCAACCGUGUCGCUGCGCCGGCCCGUGCCGGUGCCUACGCCCCGGCCGACGUCUACGUGCCCGCCGGCAACACCGGCAUGGAGCCGGGCAAGACGAGCUUCUUCCAGGCGCUCGGCAUCCCGACCAAGAUUGCCCGUGGUACCAUUGAGAUUGUCUCGGACGUCAAGGUCGUGUCCGGCGGCUCGCGCGUCGGCACGUCCGAGGCGACGCUGCUCAACAUGCUCAACAUCUCGCCCUUCACGUACGGCAUGACGGUCGUGCAGAUCUACGACAGCGGCAACACCUUCACCUCCGACGUGCUCGACGUCGAGGAGAAGACGCUCACCGACCGCUUCAGCCAGGGCAUCCAGCAGAUCGCCGCCAUCUCGCUGGCGCUCAACUACCCGACCAUCGUGUCGGUGGGCCACUCGCUCGUCAACGCCUACAAGAACCUGCUCGCCGUGUCGCUCGCGACCGAGUACGAGUUCGAGGGCUCGGCCAAGGCCAAGGCCUACCUGGCCGACCCGUCGGCCUUCGCCGCUGCGGCCCCGGCCGCCGCCGAGGAGACGUCGGCCGCUGCCCCGGCCGCUGCCGAGGCCAAGGAGGAGGAGAAGGAGGAGGAGAGCGACGACGACAUGGGCUUCGGUCUCUUCGACUAAGCGUCUCGUCCUGUACAGGAGCGAGGCGACGCCAGCUGGAUCAGAGCUGCCCCGUUGUCUGCUCGCGCCUCUCCCAUCCCCACCUACCCUCCCUCCCCCUUUUGUCGAG